UUCCACGUCAACCGUUUGACAGCUGGCAAGGGACUCGCGGUUAUUCAUUUUUGUGUUUUGUGAUAAAUAUUUUAAAAUGAUUACUGUUCUAAACACAAUUGAUACCGGCCAUGAAGAUAUGAUCCAUGAUGCCGAACUGGAUUACUACGGGCUUAGAUUAGCCACAUGUUCUUCUGAUAAUUCGGUAAAGAUUUAUGACAUCAAGAGUGGUACACAAACCCUUGCUGCUGACCUGAAGGGUCAUUUCGGCCCCGUGUGGCAAGUUGCCUGGGCUCACCCUAAGUACGGCAACCUGCUGGCUUCAUGCUCAUAUGACCGCAAAGUUAUCAUAUGGAAAGAAUCUGGUGAGUGGACGAAACUUUAUGAAUACACCGGACAUGAAAGUUCUGUAAACUCGAUUGCGUGGGCACCGGCCGAGUAUGGCCUAAUCUUGGCGUGCUGCAGCUCUGAUGGGUCCGUGUCUAUCUUGACAUACUCUCAAGAUGGUGGCAACUGGGAUGUGAAGAAGAUACCUGGAGCUCAUGCUAUUGGUGUGAACUCUGUCAGUUGGUGCCCGGCCAUCUCGGCAGACUUGAACUUAGAUCCACUUAGCAACAAAGAUGCACCAAAACGAAUAGUUACAGGAGGAUGUGAUAAUCUGAUCAAAAUUUGGAGAGAACAAGGAGAGCAAUGGGUAGAAGAAAACAGGUUAGAGAUGCACAUGGACUGGGUGCGAGAUGUAGCAUGGGCACCAUCUCUAGGACUGAACCGGUCAACUAUUGCUAGCUGCUCUCAGGACAAGAGAGUUGUGAUCUGGACUAGCGAUGAUAAUGUAUCCUGGACACCCACCAUCCUCAACACCUUUGAUGAUGUUGUCUGGAGUGUGAGCUGGUCCCUGACUGGCAACAUCCUAGCAGUCUCUGGUGGUGACAACAAAGUAAGCCUCUGGCGUGAAGGAUCUGAUGGCCAGUGGCUAUGCAUAAGUGAAGUCGCUAAAGGCUUGGGACAAACACCAAAUGAUGAGAGGAGCACACUUUAAAUUCAUUUAUUUAUGUUUAUGUUUUGUUUAUUUUAAUUAACUUGUGAAUAAUUUCCUAAUAGUAAUAUACAUUGUAAUCAAG